AUGUUUCAACAAUACCCCGAGGGUAAAGAGAAUAGUGCUAUUGCCGCACCGGAAGAGACGAGCGUGUUUGGUCUACAAGCGCGUAUACCGGAGUUUAUUCCGGACGACCCAGAAUUUUGGAUGGCCCAGGUCGACGCCCAGUUUAAGCUCGCUAGGGUCACCAAUCAAUUAACCAAGUUAACUCAGUUAGUUGGUUACCUCCCUAGAUGUAUGGAGUCAGGGCUACGUGACAUCGUCUGUAACCCACCCCCUAACCGACCCUACGACGCCCUUCGCAAUGGGCUUCUGGGCAGAUUUGGCAUGCCCGUAGAAUGCCGCCUUAAACAACUUCUAGGGGGCCUGCGUCUGGGAGACAAAGGCCUCUACACUCCCACAAAACUUUUAAGUUACAUGCAGGGCCAGGCCGCAAACCUGAACGUCGACGAAAAUAUUCUCCUUUUUUUCCUGGCUACAAGCUCUACCAAAGAGCUUGUCGUCGAUCCUGCAGUAUUUCGGACAACGCUAUACGUUAAUGGAACACGCCGAAAUGGCUGA